GAUUACAAUGAAAAAGAUGUUUUAUGAUGGCAACACGAUGAUCGUUUAAUUUUCUAUUUGUUUUUGAACGAAAAUCAAUAUGAAAUGUAUACUUAGCAAAGUAUGCACUUGAAAAUAUUCUGAUAAGUAUAUUUAUGGCGAUUGGAGCCGCUUCAUAGCGGUCUGUCAUUAUUGUAGGAGUGGUAUUUUUAUAAACAAAAAUCAAAUAUACAAAUAGUUAAGACAGAAAUAAUAUUUCAAGUUAUGUUUAUAAGAGGUAUGAUCAAAGAAGAAUAAAUCAUCAUGACAAUGGCAAUGCGUAAACGGAGUGGUUCUGGUUCUAAACGUCAACACAAAGGAAAGCUUGUACCUAUUUAUGAAAGUUUUUUUAAAGGAGAGGAUUUAACUUUGGCACAUCCUAAUUUUUGGAAUGAAUUAUUUCUUAUUAAACCUAUGGUUCCUCACAUAGAAAGUGAAAUUCUUCAUAUGACGUUAGAACAAUUGAAUGCAAGCAGAGAAAAUUUAAAUGCUUUAGUAUGUCAUUGCGUAGAUACAUUAGUUGAUGAACAUCCAUUUAGAGUAGUAUAUGCGUUACAAACUUUAGCAGCUGUUAUUCAAUCUAUGUAUAAAAAGGCUAGUCAGGGAGAUUGCGGAUUUAAUUUAAUAGACAUCCUUGUAGGUUUUAAUUCCGCUGAACAAAGAAUGACCACAUUAAUGCAACAUUGUAAUAAUUUUUUAACAGGUGAAUAUCCUGAUAGUUUAAAAGCAUUGUGUUUAAAAUUAUUACUCAUUAUUGUUACCGGAAUGGAUAACGUAAGCCAGAAUACAUUACUGGAAUAUGUGAUGCUUAAUAGUGUUUUCGAGUCUUUAGUUCAAUUAUUGAGAGAUACAGGUGCUAGAAAUCGUCAUGGUCAUGAUGCAGUUCUAUUGUUAACACUUUUAGUUAAUUAUAGAAAGCAUGAAAGUACAAAUCCUUAUAUUGUUAAAUUAUCAAUUCUUGAUGAUGAGUUAGCGCUUAAUGGAUACGGACAAGUAAUAUCCAGUUCAUUGACUGAGUUUUGUAGACAAUUUGCUCAACAAAGAACAGAAAUACAAGCGUCAUGGUUAUCAUCAUUAACGAGUAUUGUUGGUAGUAUGUUUGUUGGAGAAGAGGAAGCUAAAACGCAACAAGUUCGUGCAAAUAAUGCAUUAUUAUUAGCUUUAUACGAGGCGACACAUUUAAAUCGUAAUUUUGUAACUACAUUGGCAUAUACACAAAGUGAUACGAGUGCUCCACCUUCGCCAAAUAAUACUCUUGGUCCUAAUGCCGUAGCUCCUGGUGCUCAACCACCAGAUGUUAUGGCACAGCCAUUUAAUUUACUUGCUACAUUUUUACAAUAUUGUUCUAUAGUUAUGCAGGUCAUAAGAACAGAGGCAAUAAUGAAUAAUGUUAAAUUAUGUUUCCUAAUAUUAAGCUGUAUUGCGGAAGAUCAAUAUGCAAAUAGUUUGAUGCAUGAUGCUAAUUUAGCAUUUAGAGUACAGUUACACAGAGUACCAAUGCAUCAUAGAAAGUUACAGGAUAAAAUAGCACCUGCACAACCUCUUGCAGCUACAUUGCUCGAUUUAUUAGUCGAAUUUAUAACAUCGCACAUGAUGAAGAAAUUUCCUCUUGAAUUAUAUCACCAAUGUAUCGGUGUAUUGCAAAGACUUUUGUGUUAUCAAAAAAGAUGCAGAGUCAGACUUGGAUAUCAAUGGAGAGAUCUUUGGACUGCCUUAAUUAAUCUUUUGAAAUUUCUUACUACUCAUGAGAGUCAUCUGAUUAAAAAAAUGAAUAUUUUUCCAUUAGCUAUUCAGGUUGCUAAUAUUUUGAACUUUUUCAUUACAUAUGGAGAUACAUUUUUAUCUUCGUCGAGUAGUUACGAUGAAUUAUUUUAUGAAAUUAUACGAAUGAAACUUAUUUUUACUAAUUUAAAUGCUAUGGCAUUAAGAUAUUCAACUAGUGAAUCAUAUGAAUAUAAAGAACAUGCACUUAAAUUAACUAAUUCAUUAGUUAAUAUGAGAGAUAUUGUUAAUCAUUUUUCACCAAAAAUAACUGCAUGGUUAACAAGCGAAAGCCUAUCUACUCCAUCCGAACAACAAAUUAUGUCUAUUAUAAUACAAAAUUAUGAUAGUCUUACUUUAAAAUUACGAGAUAAUUUGGAUCAGUACGAAAGAUAUUCGGAAAAACCUAAUCAUACAGCUUUUUUCGAAGAUAUGGUAACAGGUGUUGUCAUUGACACUCGAGGAUCAAUUGAUCUCAGUACAUUAGAUACACAGGCUAUAUUACAAGAAUUAUCAAAUAUUUCGUAACAGGUUGAAUGUACAUGGUUAAUUCUCUAUAUAUAUAUAUAUAUUUUUUU